AUGGCCGCUAACGAAUUAGCUUCUAACUUGGACGAAACAGAACUUAUGAAUGUUAUUAAUGAGCUCAUGGAAGACAUAAUUAAUACUCUAAUGAUAAAUCUUUCGAUGGAAGAGACCUGUUCGGUCGAUGACGACGGCCGAGGAACCGACGUUGCUCGACGAAGGUUGCACGACAUCGUCGUUUGCACCGAUCGUCGUCAAGGACGGGCCGGACGGCGAUGGCUGUGCGUCGGUUGA